AUGCUUCGAGCGAUCUUCGGCGACAAUUAUAAGAACAUGCCAAAUCAUCUUCCGGCUUCUGCGGGAAUUGCCACGAACAAGAUGAUUGCCUUCUUCAUCUUCUGGCUGAUCCACCUCGGCUUUUGUUUCUUCCGACCAUAUCAACUUACAAAGUUCUUCUGGUUCAAAGGAUUCAUCAUGGUACCCGCAGUCUUUGGAGUUUUCAUCUACUGCAUGGUUGAAACGGGCGGGCAAGUCAACCACACCCUGCCUCAAGCGAACGCUACUAGCGGAAUUGGAUGGUUUAUAAUUCAAGCAAUUAACACUGGGAUGGGGUAAGUGAAGUUUGAUCAGAACGGAAGCCUUCUCUGACAGUUGUGAUGUUUCAACAUUUAGAAAUUCUGCCACCCUCAUCACGAAUCAGCCCGACAUUUCGCGAUGGAGUAAAACGAAAUCCACGCCGGGAGUUUCAUCAAUGGUAAGUUAUCAUUAUGCCGAGAGAGGCCAAGGGCUGCGAGCUGAUUUAGUAUCACAGCUCGUAAAGCCCAUUACUUGUACACUUGCCGCGAGCCUAGGCAUCUUAGCCACAGCUGCAGUCAACGGCAAAUGGGGCCUUACAUUAUGGUAAGAAUCGAAACCCUUGUUGAGGAGCAAUGUCACUCAGUUGCUAUUUAGGAACCCAUGGGACCUCCUUGACGCUAUACAAGACCGUCACAAUGGUUCAGGUCCCCGGUUUGCUAUAUUUCUUGCUGCCUUCACAUGGAUGGUGGGGAUCCUUGGCACCAAUAUAGCGGCCAAUAUGAUUGCGUUUGGUCCCGACAUGUCACUUAUUGCGCCGCGUUACAUCGACAUGAAACGAGGCUUUUUCCUAGCCCAGGUGUUAGCUUAUGCCAUCGUGCCGUGGAAGAUCAUGUCGUCAGCCAAGACAUUCACCUCAUUCCUAUCAGGAUAUGGUCUCUUCAUGGCGAGCGUUGCCGCCAUUAUGAUAGCUGACUGUGCGCUCCUCAUUGAAUUUGGAAGUAAGGGAGCCUAA